AUGUCACAACUUCCGCCCGAUGUGAUCGCCGACAUAGUCUCAAGAUUAGUGGUGAAACUCCUCCUACGGUUCAGAUGCGUUUCGAAAUGGUGGUGUGCUCUAAUCGACAGCCCAGCUUUCAUCAAAUCGCAUCUGAAUCGAUCCAUCGAAACCAACAACCACCGCAGCCUCUUUCUAAAAGACUCAGGUGCCACCAUAGACUUGGAGUCGCUCGAAUUUGACAACCCCAUCAACUGGGACGACUACUUUGGAGCUGAAAUGAUUGGUUGUUGCAAUGGCUUGCUCGGUUUUCUUAGCAUAGAUGAUCACAUUGUGCUGCUGAACCCUUCCACCCGAAAACGCCAGAAGUUACCCUUCACACCGGUUGAGGUACCUCGUGAACCACGUUGCCCUUGCCCGGACGACGGCCGUGUUGAACGCUGCUUUUGUCCGAAUACUGCUUACGACUUUGGCUGUGAUUCCGUCAAUGAUGACUACAAGGUAGUGAGGAUAACACAACUAUAUGACAAAGAUGAUAAUGAUUCAUUUGAUUCUAUAGUUACGAUUUACAGUCUCAAAUCAAAUUCAUGGCGAAGAAUUCAAGAUUUCCCUUAUUACUUCUUGCACAAUCGGCCGGAUGCUGCUCUUGCUAGUGGGGCUUUUCAUUGGGUUGUGAGUCGAAGACCCUAUUCGGAUACGGUCAGGGUCCGUGCUGAGGUAUGGGUGAUGAAGGAGUAUGGAGUUAAGGAGUCUUGGACUAAAUUAUUUUGUGUUGCUCAACGGUCAACCCACUAUUAUUAG